GGGUGAGGCCCGAGAGAGCGCGGAUGGGCGGAAGAGAAAGCGCGGGAGAGGGUGACUGUGUAUGUGUGUGUGUGACCACAGCGGGUGUGUGUGUGUGUCUGUGUGCAGAAGGUGUGUGGGCCUCAGAUGCGGGACGUGGCAGGUCCUGGCUAGGAGAGGGACAGGUCCCGCCGCCUCCGACUUCCCCGGGAGCCCCCCCAGACACACGCCUCCGCUCCCCGCGGCGAGAGCCCGGAUCCCCCGGCCUCCACGGCCCAGGAAAUGAAGCGCGCUGCGCCCGGUAAGGGCCCCGGGAAUCCGACCGACCGAGAGCGUCCCUUCCUCUGGGAAUCCGUCUCCCGCCCAACCCACGAUGAACGGCUCCACGGCGAGCGAGCGGCGGCGACGGCCGGAGCCCCCGGACCCGCGGGGCUGGACGGCCCAGCCCGGCCCCAAGGGGGAGGCCCGGCAGGGGGACGGGCUGCCCGUCCUCGCCGUCAUCGUGGCGCUCUUCGUCCUGCUGGCCGUCUGCAUCGUCGUCGCCGUCCGCUACGGGCCGGGGCUGCGUAAGGUGCGGCUGGACCUGCGCCCGCCGCCGCGGCCGCCCCGGGGCCCGGAGGCGGGCACCGUCCGCCUGACCCGCUGGAGGAGGCUGGGCUCCCAGCGCCCGCUGGCCGGGAGGCCCGCCACCCCGGACCGCGACGGCUCCCCGCUCCCGGCGCCCGCCGGGGCCACCGGGUCCGGCCUCGUGGAGGUCACCUACCUGUAG